CGCUCAUCACCGAUUUAUGUAGUGGCCUGAACUGUUCUGUCGACACUAUACCUUGUUCAACGUUUUCUAGCUGAGAAACGGCUGCUCAGUUACUCUUAAAUCGUGGUUCUGGUUCCAACAUCAAUUCAGCAGCAAAGAUGUGCACUGACAUAUAUGCUUUAUAACGUUAAAACUAUUGAGCUGGCUCGUCAACGGCUUGGGGCAGCUUGCUGCGGCUGUCGAGCGGUCUUGUACCGAGGUGGCUGCCUCGAACUCGCCCGGCCGACUUGCCCAGCAUGAGCCUUGCGGGAUCAGCGUUGCUCUCCGGUGGUCUUCGUAGCGCGUCACAGCUUAGCACGCCGCUUGCUUCCGGGGACGCCGGCACCCCGCCCAUGCGUCGCGGACUCUCACGCCUUGGCUCAGGCCUCACUGACAACGGGUCACAGCUUUUCAUGCUCCAGCGAUGGGUGGGGUCUGGAAUGAUGACUGGGCCGCUCUGGGGCCUUGGCAGGCACCGGCUGUCUGACGCGGCGGCCCUGCGAGCGUACGGCAGCAGCACCAGGCCUCAGCCUGGGGGUCGAGAGCAAGCGCCGGUGCCGCACGUGCCGCUGGACAAGGAGCAUGUGAACGCACAGCGAAUGCAGAGGGAGGCAGCGCGCCUGAGCAAGCAGUACGACAACCCCGACCCUAGGGAACUAAUGCGCCUGUCGUACCAAGCAACAAAGGCCAGCGGGGGCCAACAGCCCCACACGGCUCCCAUGCUCCUUCAGGAGCGCUCGGGGCCAGCACGGCUGCCACCGCCACCGCAGCAGCAGCAGCACCAGACUGUACAGCAACAGCAACAGUCGCCACCGCUGCAGCAGCAUAAUCAGCUGCAGCAGCAGCAACAGCAGCAGCCACAUGUAGGGUGGCAAUCCACGGUUGCGUCACCGCAACCGGCAGUAGAGGUUGUAGAAGCUGAGGAAGCUGCAUGGGAAACCGCAGCGGCUACAGCACCAGCAGCAGCAGCAGCAGCGGUGUUUCAACAGGCACCAUCACUGCAUGCCGACCUGGGUCCCGCCGCCCCCCCGCAGCAUCCCGCUGCCCAGCUGCAGCAGCAGCACCACCAACAGCCCUGGCGACACCCGCAGCACCCGCAACUGCACCAGCAACACCAGCCGCAACUGCAACACCAGCAGCAGCAGUAUCUUCAAGAGCAGCAGCCGCAGUACCCACCGGAAAUGCAACAGCAGCUGCAGCCGCAGCCGCAGCAGUAUCUUCAAGAGCAGCAGCAGUCGCAUUAUCCACAGGAACUGCAGCAGCAGCAGUAUCUUCAAGAGCAGCAGCAGUCGCAUUACCCUCAGGAAAUGCAGCAGCAGCUGCAGCCGCAUGGGGUGCUCCAAGACCAAUGGGCCCCGCAACACUAUUACGGCGGGCAAGGGCAACCACAGUAUUAUGGGGACACGCAGCCUGAGCAGCAGCAGCAGUACUACUCACAGCAGCACUUGCCAUCGGAGCUGGGCUCUUCACCCUGGGCCCUUGAAAGCCCGGAGCACCCGCAGCAGCAGCAGCAGCACCCGCAGCCUCAGCUGUUCCAUCCCGCUCUGCAUCCCGAGCAACACAACUACCCGCAGGAGGGGCAGCCGCAGCAGCAGUACCUGCAGGACCAGCAGCAGCAACACCAACAGCACCCGCAGCAGCAACACGAGUUGUAUGCUCUGGCCGCAACUUGGCCCCAGCACUCGCACGCCGCAGCAGACGGCCAAACCACGGCAGCCUGGAUACACCCGCAGCAGCAGCAGUUGCAGCAGCAGCAGUUGCAAGGUGACCACCUCCUAACAGCCCAGCAACACCACCCCUCCUACUACCAUCAACAGCAGCCGCAGCUGCUGUAUCAGCACCAGCAAAUACGAGGCCUGCACAGCCAGCAACAACCUCCAACCGCCACCACCAAUACCAGCCACCUGGAAGCCCAAGACAGCGGGCUGGACGACCUGUCAUGGGCGGAGCCCCCCUCGCCGCUGCCACUCCCGCCACUGCCGCCUCCUCCACAGCUUCAGGUCCCCGAGGAGGGGGGAUUGCAUCAUCAUCAUCAGCAGCAGCAGUCAUGGCAAGCGCACAUGCAGCAGCAGCAGUCGGAAGCAGCACCAGCAGCCGCACCAGCAGCAACAGCAACAGCGCUGUCUGAGGCUAUACUAGACACCUUGCGUCGCAGUAGCAGUCCGGGGGGGCCGCGGUCCUCCGGUGCAGGGGAGCCGCCCGAGCACCAGGGGGGCUCCAUGUGGGCUGGGGCCGAGCAGGGGGCACCCGCUGGCGGCAGCAGCGAUGCGGGCGGAGAGGGAGGCGGGGCAGGACAAGGGGAGGCGGGGGCGUUGCUGCCUAUGUUGGGUGGACGUCGCAGGAAUGCGAGGAGCUUGGUGAAUGAGGUUGAGGCGGUGCGCAGCCGCGUGCAGCAGCAGGUGGCGGCGGCUGCAGCAGUGGAGGCCACAGCUGCUGGCGCAGGCGGCGGAGAAGCUAUUCUAGCAGCGCCACCGCUACUGCCACGGCGACUCCGGCAACCGUACCAAGACGGAACGGGCGAGGUAGGGGCGCAGCCGGCGCCGGUGGCGUCAGCCACAUGGGUAUCCCCAGCGGAGGGUGCGGCUCAGGAGGGGCUGGGUGGCGGCAUGUACGGCAGCGGCAUCAGCGGCAGCGGCGAGGGAGUGUACGGCGCUGACGGAGGCGUGGCCGUACAACAGCCCCUAGCGGAGGCGGAGAGAUGGGCCGCAGGGCCGCCGCUGACGUCAGCAUUGACGCCGCCGCCGCCGCUGCCACCGCCGCCAGCCGGCUCCUGGGGUCCGGAGGCGGAGGCAGCGACGGCGCGGCCGCCGCCACCUGUCACAGAGGCGCCGCUAGCGGCAGGGGCGGCGGUGGCGGAGGCGGUGCCAGAGGGCGUUGCCGUACUGUCGGACCCCUCGUCCACGAGCGGUACGACGGCUUCCGUACUUCCUGAGGCCGCAGAGGCCGCCGCGGCGGAGGCUCCCAAGAAGAAAACCACGAAGAAGCGGAUUCUGGGAAAGACGAAGAAGAGCGCUGCAGCGGCGGCGCCGGAUGAAAGCGGCUCCGCUGGCGCAGAAGGGGAAUCUGCCGCCGCCGCCGCCGUCGCCAGCCCUGCCAAGCGCACACGUAAGAAGUCCGCCGCCGCCGCCGCAUCGCCGUCGGCCGAAGCUGGCGACGCCGCCGCCGCCACCGCCGCCGCCGCCGUUACUGCUGCUCCGAUAGGCCGACCUCCCGCGGCUGCCGCCGCCGCCGUUGCGCCGUAUUUGGCGGAGGGGCUGCUGGCGCCGGCGGAACCGCUGACGAUUGAUGGGGGAUACUACCAGGUUGUGGAGGGCUACGCCACCCGGCAGCCGCUGAUGACUCAGGCGGCUCCCGACAUCCUGGUGGUGGACACACCCGAGGUGGCCCGGGCGGUGGUGGACCGGCUGCUGUCGGUGGCCGCCAGCCCCUACCCCGCCGCCCUCGACCGCAGCAACCCCGCGGUGCAGUACCGCUACUUUGGAUGCGACACGGAGGUUGCCUUUAUCGACGUCACCUCCGAAACCCCGGUGGGCCAUGGUGCCGUACUGUGCUUCAGUAUCUACGCAGGAGACGACCUGGACUUUGCGGAUUGCGCACUGGCAGCCGCCUCCGCCGCCUCCGCCGCGCCUGGAGUGACCCAUGGGUCAUCACCCGCCGUUCGCAAGGACCGCAUCUGGGUUGACAUCUGGGGCGAGGUGGAGCUGGGGGAGGACGGGAGGCCCAUCUGGGAUGGCAGAUACGUACGGCUGAAGUCGCAUCACCCCAUCCUCGAGGAGUUCCGAAGGUUCUUCGAAAACGAUGAAGUCAAAAAGGUGUGGCACAACUACGGAUUUGACCGGCACGUGAUGGAGAACAUGGGGGUCUGCUGCCGCGGUUUCGGAGGUGACACGUUGCACAUGGCCCGACUGGCGGAUGCGUCGCGAUCCGGGCGCCGUACGUACGGACUGGACAACCUGACUGCGGAUAAAGAUAUCAUGAAGUACUUCACGCCCUACAAGCGCGACGCCCCGCCACGUCAGCGCAUGGGCGACCGCCGCCACCUGGCUCGCUCCUCCUCCUCCUCCUCCGGACCCCCCACCCUCCUCAACCCCUUUGCCAACACCAACACCACCUCCUCCUCUCCCGCAUUCGGAGGCCCCUUCCACCCCACCGCAUCCCCCACCUCCUCCUUCUCUUCCCCAACCGAUAGCAGCAGCAGCAGCAGCCCGGGGGCACAGCGCAGUGCUGCGCUAGCAGAGCUGGUUCGUGCCAAGAUGAGCAUGAAGGAGCGGUUCGGCAUGUACCGGCUGCGCGGGGGAGGUGCGGUGGGCAAGGUGCCGGAGCUGCCACCCAUUCAUGAGCUGCAUGGGCGGCCGCUGUUCCGACCCACCUGGAUUGAUUACUCGGCGUUGGAUGCCAAGGCCACCUGGCAGCUGCGCGAGGCGCUGGAGGGGCGGCUACGUCGAGAGCGGUGGGAGAUGGAGCGGGCACUGGCGGUACGGCUGGGGUACGGCGGGGAGGCGGCGCACGAGUACCUCAACCUGUGGCACUUCUACUGCGCAUACUGGAUUGACUUCGGCGAGCUGCUCACUGAGAUGGAGCGGCGGGGUAUGAUGGUGGACCGCUCCCACCUGGCGGCGGCGCAGCAGGCGGCGGAGCGGGACCGGCAGGCGGCGGUGCGCGAGUUCCUGGACUGGGCGGACAGCAAGGUGCCGGGAGCCAGGUUCAUGAACGCCGGCAGCGGUGCGCAGAUCCGCAUGCUGCUCUUCCCCGACUUCCCGGGCUACACCACCAAGGCGGCGGCAAGUGAAGCGGCCAAGGCCAAGGCGGCCAAGAACAGGGCAGCAGCAGCGGGGGCGGGAGGGGGGGCAGCAGCAGCGGCGGGGGCAGCGGAGGCGGAUGGCGGGGAGGCUGCAGCGGCAGGAGGGUCGAGGGUCAUCCGGGUUGAGAACCCCAAGUACAAGGAGAUGCUGGAGCGAGGGGAAAAGCCCAGCUGCGGCAAGUACAUGGAUGUGGAGCUGCACGGCAUCUGGGGCCGGGGGGUGCCGGGGCGGCUGCAGCCCGAGAUCAUCACAGCCACCGGGGCGGCUGCGGUCAGCAUCAAGGUGCUCAGGGGCCUAGCCGGCAAGCCCGGCGCCGCCCGAAAGGAGCUCACUCGGCUGUACGAGGCGCGUGCGGCGCAGCAGCAGGCGGACGAGGAGGCGGCGCGGGCGGCGGCGGAGGCGGCUGCGGCGGCUGCCCGCACCGCGGUGCCGCUGGUGGGGGACUUGCUGGAGGAGAGCCUGUCGGAGAUGCGGGGAGGUGACGGAGAGGGCAACGGAGUGGGGGGAGGUGGCGAGGGGGAGGCGGAGGCGGAGAUGCCCUUGGAGCCAGAAGUCCUGGACCCCACUACAGACGGCUCAUCCGCAUCGUCCCCCGCCUCCUCCUCCUCUGCCGUACAAGCCCCCCCCGGCAGCCCCUCCUCCUCUCCCCCUGGGUUGCCCCCCCAGCCUGCUGCCGACCCCGCCCAGCUCGAGGCCCUGGAGAAGGAGGCCAAGGACAAGGGAUUGGGGCGGCUGUUUGUGGCGUGCGGGGGCGGGGAGGAGGGGCUGAGGGCGUGUGUGGCGAUUGAGGCGCUGUGCGAGGUGAAUGCGAUCGACAAGCUGCUGAGCGCCUUCAUCAUUCCGCUGCAGGGUGACAACACAUCCACCACCACCCUCCUGCCCCUCCCGCCCCCCACCACCACCACCGCCGACCCUGCUGCGGCACCCUCCGAUGCCCCGACUGAGGCCGCGGCAGGAGGAGACCCAACCAGCUCCUCCCCCACCUCCCCCACCCCCACCUCCACCUCCCCCUACCGUGCCGUACACCGAGUGCAUUGUUCCCUCAACAUCAACACGGAGACGGGGCGACUGUCAGCUCGCAGGCCCAACCUGCAGAACCAGCCCGCCCUGGAGAAGGACCGUUACCGGGUGCGUAAGGCCUUCACCGCCGACACCGCCGCCGACCACACGCUGGUGGUGGCGGACUACGGCCAGCUGGAGCUGCGCAUCCUGGCGCAUAUGACCGACUGCAAGUCCAUGCAGGAAGCGUUCAUCCUGGGAGGAGACUUCCACAGUCGUACGGCGUACGGCAUGUACGACUACAUUCAGAAGGACGUACAAGAUGGCGGCUGCUACCUGGAGUGGGAGGGCAGCGGAGAGCCCGACAAGCCGCUGGUGAAGGACAAGUACGCCUCGGAGCGCAGGAAGGCAAAGGUCCUCAACUUCUCCAUUGCGUACGGCAAGACCGCCCACGGCCUUGCAGCGGACUUCAAGACCACCAAGGAGGAGGCGCAGGCCACCGUAGACAGGUGGUACGCUGACCGUCCGGAGGUGCGGCGGUGGCAGAAACACACGCAGGAGCUCGCCAAGCAGGAGGGCAAGGUGCGCACGCUGCUGGGCCGCACCCGGCCGCUUCCCAACAUCGACUCCCACGACUUCAAGCUGCUGGGCCACAGCAUGAGGGCGGCCAUCAACACACCCAUCCAGGGCUCCGCUGCUGACGUGGCGGCUGCAGCCAUGGUCGCCAUCCACAAGUCGGAGGAGCUGCGGGCCACGGGGUUCAAGCUGCUCAUGCAGAUCCACGAUGAGGUCAUCCUGGAGGGGCCCAAGGCCACCUCCGACACCGCCCGCCGCCUCGUCAUGCAGCUCAUGGCCAACCCCUGGGCGGAGCUGGCAAAGCACUGGAACGCGCCGGGGGGUGCGGACCCGAGCAGCAGCGCUGGCAGGGGCAUGCAGCAGGGCCCCGACUGGCACCGCAUGCCGCCCAAGCGACCCGGGGGUCACUUGGCGGGCGUGUGGCGGCAGGCGCCGGAUGAGAAGGGGGCGGGCGGGGGUGGUGAGGGGGGUGGGGAGGGGGGACACGGGUUUGCCAUGCCGCUGCUUGUGGAGCUGGCUACCGAUUGCAACGUGGCGGAUACCUGGUAUGAGGCCAAGUGAGGAAGGUUAAAGAGGAAAGAAAACAACUAACGGACUGAGUGAUAAGGUGUCAACAUGGUUUGCAACAUGUGAGCCAGCCCGACCCGCCCAGCCCGCAUUAAGCCAAGAGGAGAGAGGAGGAGAGGUGAGGGAGAGAGGUGUAGUGAAGGAGGGGCAAGUGGGAGGUGGGGAGUACUGGGGAGGUCUGUUGUUGGUUGUCUGGUGGUUCGCUGUUGAGGCAGGAGGGGGGCUAAGCAGUUAUCUGUGUGGGGUCGGGCUUCGGUUGGUUGGCAGCGGACGGGGUUAUGCUGCUAGUAGGGAAGUGGCGGAAGACGGGUUGGUGGCAAAGGUUGCUGGCACGGUACCUGUGGAAGGGAAGCCAGACGCCCAAAUUGCUGUAGCGGAUGAGGGGAAGGGUGCUGGUAGUUGCGGAAGGGGGCGUUUAGCGUACGACAGGACAUGGAUGUAGCUGCUCCUGUUCCCAGCCGCCACUGCGGUUGUAUUCGCGUACGGUAAAAUUGUUUUGCGUAACCAUGCAAGAGUGAAGCAUCAUCUGAUACGGUCAUCUUGGGCCCAGGCUGGACAAGUAUAUGAAGCGGAGGAUGGUGCGUCUUCAAAGCUGAGCGCACUGGAUUUGAGAGGUGUUAAAAGUGCGUGUGGCA